UCCCUCCCCCCUCGUCGCAGCUGAGCGGUAGACCGAGCAUUCCUCAUCUUGUCCCCGGGUUCCAUAGCGGAAGAACGCGGCGACGAAGAGACGAGCCGGAACCGCAGACGCGACGGAUUCUCGCGCUUCAUGACACUUCGCGAGGGCACGAAAGGUCCAUGUUGGGUCGCGGGGUGAAGAGGAAGCGGAGCUGCUCGGAGGAGGAGCCGGAGGCCGGGCCCCAACCCGACAUGAGCCGCCUGCUGCAGCGCCAGCGCCUGCUGGGCCUGUGCAUGGAGAAGCUCCAGGGCCACCAGGCCGGCGCCGAGCCCAGCCUGCGGCGCUCCGUGCUGCUCGCCAACACGCUGCGGCAGAUCCAGGAGGACAUGCAGAGCGACGGGGGGGCGGCGGCGUGCCCCGCGUGCUCCGGCCCGCCCCCGGAGUGCUGCUCCCAGGAGCCGGAGCAGCAGAGGUCAGCGCCGGCCGCCGCCGUCAGCGACGCGGCGAGCGCCAUGGGCUACCUCGGCGACCUCGCCCUGGACAUGGACAUCUUCGAGGACAUCGACACGUCGAUGUUCGAGACCACCGAGCUGCCGUCCUGCUGGGCGGCGGUGGCGGCGGCGGCGACUGGCUCGCCGUGGCCCCUCGGCGUGUCGCUGUGGGCGGACGAGGACGCGAAGACGGGCCCCCCCGCGAGCCUCCACUCGCGCCUGAUGGACCUGAACGAGCUGGACCACAUCAUGGAGAUCCUGGUGAAGUCCUGAUUGAAGGGCGGCGUGACCUUUGACCUUUUGACGAUCCGUCGGCUGAUGAUUGAAAUGAAUUUUUCACACUAAUUCAUAGAAAACCUGGAGUUAUGUGGACACAAAGUAUUGAUGGCUGAAGAUGAGGAACCUCAUGGGAACUGAUUUUAUAUCGUUUCUGGUUAUAGAGGCACAUACAGAUAUUUUUCUACAAAUCUCAGUGGAUUUAAAUGUUUUCGAGUAUUCUUGUUCAAAUUCAUAUUUUUAACAAACGAAAGAGAACAACUUUUGCAGCUGCAGCUGGUGCUUUGAGCCCCGAGUCAAUAAUCCUGUAGUAAAAAGCAGAUGAGACGCGACUGGAAGGAGUCGAAGCUCCAAACACCAGAAAUCCCUUUGAACUACUUGAGAGGCAGCGAGCUCGGGUCCGCCAGGAGGUCUCCUUGUUUUACUAUCAGCACCACGUGCUUUAAGCUGGUGGAGAUGAACCGGGGGGGACCUGGCUCAGCCAAAGAAGAACCAAGUCCACGUUUAUGUACAAUGGGUGGUCGUCUAAUUUUAUUCAUGAAUGAAAUGAAGGAGUUGUUUGUGUGUGUGUGUGUGUGUGUGUGUGUAACUUAUGAUCCAGAUUCUGUUUACAGUCCUCCUUCCACAGAAGUUCAUCCUUCGCGGCAGCUCGUAUCCACGGUUUAUAAAGUGCACACAACAUGUGUUUUAACCAGCAAUGUCAUCUCAGUCCCAGCUCUCAGAACUCCACGUCAGAGGUGGAUUUUUAUGAGACGUUUCGUUGUCUUCAUGCUCCCUGCAGCCCGUCAAGAGAUGUUCCACCUCCUCUUUUUGUGGUUCUGCCUCCCGAUAGACAGAAGGAGGGAGGGAAAGAGGAGAGAAGAGAAGGAGGAGGAUGCAGCUCGAUGCAGCUUGCGUCACCUGUCCAGUGGGAAGGGCUUAUAAGGUGUUUUGCCCGGACUCAGCCCGCUGACCAAUCAGGGGAGAGGAGCGAAGCGCUUCUCCAGUAUCUCGAUUUUGUUCCUCAGAAAUAUGGAGAUAAAAACCACAGCUCAGUUUGUGUGAUGCGUCAGAGGGACAGAGUAAAAACAAGCUUCAGCAUUAUUUAUAACUGAGCAUUAAACUGCUGUAAUUAUUAUUAUUAUUAUUACUGAAGGCAGCAAGAUGAUCAAUAAUAAUGUAUUGUAUUUUUUGUGGAAGAUUUUAAAAUGUUUAUUUAAUAAUACAGUAAAAAUACCCAAAAUGCCUUGUGUGAG